AUGCAUGAAUGGGCCUCGAAGGCUCAAUGUCUGUUUAAGGCUUUUUCAGGGCAUUUUGAAUAUAGCUCAGAGCCUAUUUGGGAAGAAAAACAAGUAAAAGAAGACGUGCAGCUAAUUGAGGUUAGAGCAAUACUUACAAGACAAGACCUCAAUAAAGAGCUGGUAUUGAAUAUUUUGGAAGCAAAAAAAUCAUCAAUAUCAAGGGAGAAAAUGAUGUUGAAGAAGAAAAGCAAGACAUUAAUUUUAAAAUACUUUCUUAACCUGAUGAAUGGAGCUUUCUUGGCUCUGGGACUUUUAGUCAUGGGAUUUGGCACAUGGCUUUUACUGGACAGAGACAAUUUUCUCACAGCUUUAGAUGAAAAUAAUCACGUGAUAGUAUAUAUCUUCCGAAUUUUGAUUGGAACUGGAUCUGCAAUUGUUCUUCUUUGUCUCUUGGGUUUUUGGGGCAUUCACAAUGAAAUCAGAUGUCUCCUUAUUCUGUAUGCAGUUCUGUUAUUGUGGGCCAUUGGUGUUCAGGUUGUACUUUCAGCAUUCAUCUUCACAAAGAAAGAAGAGGUUCAGAAAAUGUGGCAUGACAAAAUCGACUUAGUCAUCUCUGAAUAUGGAUCUAAAGACAUGCCUGGAGACAUAUCCAAGUGGAUUAUUCUGAACACUUUACAGAAAACUUUACAGUGCUGUGGCCAACACAAUUUCACAGACUGGUUAAAGAAUCAGAAUAAAGACAAUUCAGAACAAGUGCCGUGUUCUUGCACGAAUUCCACAUUGAAACAGUGGUUUUGUGAUGCUCCUUUAAAUGCAACUUACCUAGAGGGAUGUGAAAAGAAGAUCAACACAUGGUAUCUUGCGAAUGCAUUAACAUUAAUUGGAAUUAAUUUUGGACUGUUGGCUUCAGAGGUUUUGCAAGUUUCAUUAACUAUUUCUUUCUUCAGACAUAUCAAGAAUAGAAUACAUGUAGAAAAGUGA